UGGUAACCGAGACACAUUCAUCGUCUUCUCCAGUCAUGGCUACCGUUACAGCUCCAUCUCCGUCCUCCAUGCCCCUGAAUAAAUCUGCAGGGCUCGCCGUGAGCCAUCAAGCCGGGAAUUCCGCUUUUCGGUCAAGCCUCGCAAAACACGUCCCUCUCCCGCCAAUCCCCACGGCACCCCAGGGACCAAACACCGCUGAGGGAGAGACGAGAGAGAAGGACGGAAGAGCCGAGCGGCGGAAUCCGUUCCUCAUGCCACCGGAGAGCGAGCUGUUCACGCUGCGGGAGCGGCAGAGACGGGAGGCUCGGGAGCAGAGAGCCGAGCAGAGGAAACUAAAGGUCCACGAGAAGUCCACUUACACGUCUCGACUCAACGCCAAGAAUGCCGCUCUCAGAAAGACGGUAAUGUCGCCGCCUCCAGAGUCAGGGGCAGGGGGGAGAGGGACAGGGAGAGAUGAGGGGGAGGAGAGGGGAGUCAGCGAAGACACAGAUUUCUUGCUGACAACCACCAGAGAUCGGCGGCUGGAAAAAGAAGACAUCACCAGCUACGUGAACCGCAAACGAGAGAUGUUUCUGGUGCAGUAUGCACUCGGAGUCAAGAGGGACGAGAUUCGGAAACUAGAGGAAAUUGCUAUGGCAGAGGAGCAGAAGCUGGUGGCUGCCGAACGCUACCUGAAAGAGAGUGCCGAAAUGUUUGACGAAUUUGUCAAAGAGAACGACAAAAAUGCCUCGGAAGCUGUCAGAAUGGCUGAAGCUGCGACAAAGGCAAAACUGGAAAAGACUUCUGAAAUCAAACGUCUCAACUCCCAACUAAUGGCCAUCAAGAAUGAAAUAUCUCGCAACAACGAGACUCUUGCCGAGCUGCGGUCCUGUCAGACAUUUUUACACAGCCUCUCCCCUCAGGAGUGGCAGGAUAAGGUGAGGGCCGCUGACAAAAAGGCAAGGAAAUCGGUCGAGAUUGCUGAAGACGGGCCACUACCCGAGAGAGGUGGUGCGGGGAGGACCCCUCUCGUUAGGGUCACCGACGAGGAGUGCCGGCUGUUCUUCACGUCUCCGUCGCAGCUGUUGCAGCUGUUCUCGGAGCUGGAGGAGCAGAAUCUGAGCCUCAUCCAGAACUCCCAGGAGACAGAGGAGCUGCUGGAGGACCUGCGACAGACUCACAAGGAGACAGGGCACACCUUAAACACACAGAUCCAUAACCUUAAGAGACAAGUGGAUCUCCUGAUGAGGGCGAUAGAGCUGGAGGAGGAGAAGGGCUCUGACCUGGAGAUGAACUCAAAACUGCUCUCAUACGGAGAGUAUAGAGCCGACGAUCAGGAACAGAUGUUGGCCGAGAUGAACAAGAAAGUGGCCAGCGUGUAUGCCAAGUGCAUUGGCCCCAACGAAGCCAACAUAUCGUCUCUGAACAUGCUGACUGCUAUAGAGGGAUGUCUGGAGCAAUUGUUUGAGACAAUUGAGACACUGCCAGCUGACAAAGUCGAGGCUGCAGAAAAGUUGAAGGACAAGGAGAGGAGGAUGAGGCUGCGUGCUGAGAAGAUGGCGGAGCAGAGACUAUACCAGGAGCUGAAGCUGCGGCGGAUGCAGGAGAGAGCUACUGGGGGGCCUGCUAAGACGAGGGGUCGUAAGGUGAUGUACAGAUCAGAGCCCCCGGUGAUGAAGAAAAAGCAGACGACAAGCAAAGCAGAGAAAGAGAAGGAGGAAGAGGAGAUGCUUUACUUUUUCACAUGACACCAGAUUAUAGACUGUGUUUAAUCAUUAUGACCGUAUCACAAAUUUAGUAGAACAGAGCAAUAAUUGUCAUGACAGAACUAAAUUUUGGUAGCGAGGGUGGGCUGUAAAUGGAACAGAAUGAGAGUGGGCUAUAAAUGGAAUGGAGCGACCCUAACAAGGCUGGGGUUGUCCGGGUGACGCUGGAUGACCCCUGACCUCAGCAGGAGGUUCCCGUGAGGGGGCCAAAUGGAGGAGAGAGAGAGGUACGGAGAAUGGGGCGAGGUGAGCGUUUUCGAAAUCAGCUCCUGGGGGGUUAAAGAAUAAAUCGCAUGUGAACCAGAGUACAACUUCCAUCAUUAUUGUGAACCAGGUUUUAGAGGGGUAUAUGACGUACACAACAUUAUGUAUGUAUAUACCUGCACCACAUCAGGAAGAGAGGGGAAAGUGUCAUCACUGUCUCGACUAUUACCGGCCCUCGACAGC